AUGGGUAAAAAGCAGCAUCAGAAGGAUAAAAUGUACCUCACGUACACGGAGUGGUCAGAGUUUUACGGAGGUCACAAACGAGACUCGGUAGAGAAUGAACAGAUUAAGUUUAAGCGACUUCCCUUUGACCAUUGUUGUUUAUCGAUGGUACCUUUCGAACACCCCUAUUGCGACAACAAUGGCAACGUGUUUGAGCUCUCAGCCAUUAUAGAGUUUUUGAAGAAAUUCAAGGUAAACCCUGUCACGGGUGCACCGUUAGAUGGAAAAUCACUGAUCAAGCUAAACUUCACCAAAAACCAUGAGGGACAGUACCACUGUCCGACGCUGUUUAAACCCUUCACCAAAAACUCGCACAUCGUGGCCAACGGAAAGACGGGCAAUGUGUUCUCGUGGGAAGCGAUUGAACAACUAAACGUAAAGGCAAAGAACUGGAAAGAUCUAUUAGACGAUACACCAUUUUUGCGGAAGGAACUGAUCACGAUUCAAGAUCCGGCCAACUUGGAUAAGUUCAACAUUACAGGGUUUCAUCAUAUCAAAAAGAAUCUACGUGUUCCGACGGAGGAAGAACUAGCCGAACGGAAGGAUCCUCAAGGACGUUUGAAAACGAUCUCCGCCGAAACGAAAGACAUUCUAACGCAGCUCGAAAAGGAUUAUAAAGCGCCGGAAACGCAGACAGAAGAGCGCCAGGUAGCGGAUAAGUUUAAUGCGGCCCAUUAUUCUACUGGAGCGGUGGCAGCCGCGUUUACGUCGACUGCCAUGGUGCCCGUUUCGAAUCAUGAAGCGGCCAUCAUCGACGAUGAUAUCGUGCGUUACGAGCGUGUCAAGAAGAAGGGCUAUGUCCGGCUGCUGACCAACUUUGGUGCGCUGAACCUGGAGCUCUACUGUGAGCAGGUGCCCAAGACGUGUGAAAACUUCCUCAAACACUGCCACAGUGGAUACUACAAUGGAUGUUUGUUCCAUCGGUCUAUCCGUAAUUUUAUGCUUCAAGGCGGUGAUCCAACGGGAGUUGGUAACGGUGGCACAUCGGCAUGGGGUAAAAAGUUUGCGGAUGAAAUCAAACCCAAUCUAUCCCACGCCGGGCGGGGGAUUCUGUCCAUGGCCAAUUCGGGACCGAACACGAAUGGAUCCCAGUUCUUCAUUACGUACCGAUCCUGCAAGCAUCUGGACGGAAAGCAUACCAUCUUCGGCAAGCUGGUCGGUGGGCUGGAAAUUCUGACCGAGAUGGAACGCGUCGAGGUGGAUAACCGUGAUCGACCUAUAGAAAACAUCUUUAUCCAGCGAGCCCAAGUGUUCGUCGAUCCGUUUCAGGAAGUGGACGAACAGCUCACCAAGGAGCGUGCCGAAGAGCUGGAACGCAUUCAGCAGGAAGCGGAAGCCAAACGAAACAAAGCAGCUGGUAAAAAGGGUUCCCAACCGUUGAAGGUGUUUCGAUCUGGCGUGGGGAAGUAUUUGGACACGAACAUUACCAAGAUUCCGUCGAUUUCUACCGGCGAAACACCUGGAACGAGCGGUGUGUCUGAAGCUUCGAAGGCGAAAAAGCGGAAAGUAACGACCGGACAUGAUGGUUUCGGUAAUUUUAGUUCUUGGUAA